GCCAUCUCCAUCAGUAAUAAAUUUACGGUACAGGAAGACUACCACCGUGCCGGUCUCGCCCUGCCCUUGUUUACUUUGAUGUUUCUAUGACCCUCUCCCUUGGAUCUGUCGGGUUCGGCGGUUGACGACCAAGAAGGGGGAGGGAUGGAAGGGGAGAAGGUGGAACUCCGGGCGCUGCGCUCGCUUGGGCUCGGCUUCGACCUGACUCACGACUUCCGCCUCCAGUUCGCCAAGGAGUUCCACGGCGGCCGCCUCGUGCAACUCGAUGAAUCACGUACCCGGGAUGUCUUGUUCCCCGGUGGGCAUGUCGUCCGUGGCGUCUCUGAGGAUAUCGGAUUGGAUAAGGGCGAUCGAAUUCGGUUCCGAUCGGAUGUGCUGGAGUUCAAUCAGAUGUCUGAAUUACUGAAUCAGAAGUCCUCAGUCCAAGGAAAAGUGCCUUCAGGUUAUUUUAAUGCUCUUUUUGAUCUAACCGGAGCAUGGUUGGAAGAUGCUAAAGAGACAAAGUAUCUUGCUUUCGAUGGAUAUUUUAUUUCCUUGUAUAAUUUACACCUGAAAGCUUCUCCUUUGGUUCUCCAUGAUGAGGUAAAAAGGGCGGUACCUUUGAAGUGGGAUCCUGUAUCCCUCAGUUGCUUUAUCAGGACAUUUGGAACACAUAUAAUUGUAGAAGUAGCUAUAGGAGGUCAGGAUGUAGUUUGUGUUAGACAAACUUCUUCAUCAACAAUUUCAUCUACUGAGUUAAAGAUGCAUCUUGAGGAUCUUGGAGAUUUUUUAUUUUCUGAUGGAAUUAGUCGUUCUCCUCUACAUCGGAAAACCAGAGAAGGCAAGAACAAGGCACCUGAGGUCUUCACAAACAUCUUGCAAUCUAACACGUUGAAUCUGGCUGUCUAUUCAGAAGCUUCAACUAAGGAAGGACUCACAGUCAUUUGUUCAAAAAGAGGAGGUGAUGUAUAUGUAUCAACUCACUCUAAUUGGCUACAGACCGUGCAAAACAGCCCUGAUGCAAUCCUCUUCAAAUUUGUUCCCAUCACGUCUCUUCUUACUGGUAUCCCAGGCGGUGGAUAUCUCAGUCAUGCUAUAAAUUUGUACCUUCGCUACAAACCAGAUCCUGAAGAUCUACAGUGUUUCUUGGAAUUUCAAGUCCCUAAUCAGUGGGCACCAAUGUUCAAUGAACUCGCUCUUGGACCUCAAAGAACAACAGUCUCCUAUCCCAAGCUGCAGUUUAGAUUUUUUGGUCCAAAACUUCAUGUUAAUACUGACCAGGUUCUAAGCAAUCAGAAACCAGUCAUUGGUAUGCGGUUAUACUUGGAGGGGCCUAAGUGCAAUCGAUUGGCCAUACAUUUGCAGCACCUUUCGAGUCUCCCCGGCAUACUCAGAAACACUGGUUCAUCUUGGAUAUCAGAGUGGCAAGGAUCUGAAGAACCAGGCCCAGGAUACUUUGAGCCUAUCCAAUGGAAGAACUACUCAGCUAUUUGCACACUGGCAGUGAAGCAUGAUCCCAUUUGGCUCCAAAGGGUAGCCAAUGGUGUGUUUGUCGUAAUUGGUGCACAACUUGUCGCAAGAGGGAAUUGGUCUAAGAAAGUACUUCAUCUUUGCCUCCAAUAUAUGCACAUUCCGCAUUGCACCAUUCGAAAGACAGAAUGGUCUCGUGCUCCUGCAUCUUCUCUGAAAGGAAGCUUCCUGACAAAUCUAAGCACCACUUUUAGCACAACAUUCACGCCAAGGGAUGCACCACCACCUGCAAAGAAUGUCCCUUCGCAGUUGAAUUCAGGUGUGUAUCCUGAUGGCCCACCUGUGCUUGUUCAAUCAAGAAAGCUCUUAAAGUUUGUCAAUAUCGCUGAGGUGGUCCGCGGCCCUCACAAUGUACCAGGCCAUUGGCUUGUAACUGCUGCAAAGCUCACCAAAGAAAAAGGAAAAAUCACCUUGCAUGUGAAGUUUGCUUUGUUGCAUUAUUCUGCUGAGGCUGAGAUGUUCAACUAAUGUUCAUAUGGGAGGAGUUAUUACUUGCCAUGUAGAUUUAAGAGUUCUGAUUGCAGGAUCGAGCCAAUUUUGUGCACCAUUGAUUGUCUUUUCAACCGUAUUAAAAUUGUACAGAUAUUAGCAAUAAUUUGCACGUAAUUCUUGCACGUUGUGCCAUGUUCAAUCUUUCUUUUUA